AUGGUCAUCCCGAACCCCGACCUGGAGCUCGUCCCCGAGGACAGCUCCUCCGGCUCCGAGAGCUCGAGCGACGACGACGACGAGUCGGAGUCCGACUACUCGGAGGUCGACGUCGAGGCCGACGACGCCCACGUCGAGGUGUCGACGCUGCAGUCCUGGCUGGCCAUGAUCCCGCUCACGAAGUACUGGUGGGAGGCGCGGCGCGCGGACCGGGCGCUCCACAACAUCAAGGCCAUGCACCAGGAGACGGAGCGCGCGCGCCACCUGGUGGGUUUGAUCGAGGCGGGCCUCCACGAGGACGCGCUCGCGGAGCAGAUGAACGACACGGCCAUGGACUUCUUCCAGUUCAACAAGGUCAAGCACGCCAUGGAGGAGCACGGCCAGUGGAAGUGGCAGAAGCCGCGGCACCUCAUGCGCACCGCCGAGGCGACGGGCGCGGACCGGGGCGGGAAAAGAGUGAUGCAACGCGCGGACCGGGGCAAGAUCGAAUCGAACGCGAUCCUGCGCCAGAUCCAGCGCGAGUUCCGCCAGGGCUACCACGACCACCUCCUCACGAAGCUGCCCCUGCACCUCGAGGACUGGCUCGCGGUCGUCCGCGAGGACCGCAAGGCCGCGCGCGCGCGCGCCGAGGCCAUGGGCCAGAACGUCGUCGAGGAGGUGCAGACGGCGGAGAUGCUCGCGAAGAUCGCCGAGGAGGAGAAGCGCAAGAUGACCUGCACCUGGACCCACAAGGACGACGCCAGCAAUCGGCGCUACUUCUGCAGCAACGCGCGCUACGUGCACCCGACGCGGACCGUCUUGGACGAGUACGGCGUCUCCGUGCCGGACACGCUCAAGGUCUGCGCGUGGCACGCCAACUCCUGCGCCGGCGAGCACGGCAUGCGCAUCCGCACCAUCGCCAUCCCCAACGACCAGGCGCUCUGCACGUCCUGCUACGUCAAGGAGAUGCACGUGCCGCCCUGUGUGCCGCCGGACGAGAUCUCCGCGCUGCGCGUGCCGGGCGUCAUGAUCCAGGCGCCCCAGAAGGCGGCCCACUCGAAGACGCGCGCGGAGAUCGAGGCCGAGGAGCGCGCCCUCGUCGUCGCCGAGGCGGAGAAGGCCUGCGUCGAGCGCCGCGCGAACCUCACGGAGACGACUGUCUGCACGCGGGUCGCGGCGCGGGACGAACUUCCCAAAGGCGCCUCUCCCGGCCGGUGGAUCCCGGACAAGCUGGCGCCGCGCGAGCGGGGCCUGUGCUGCACGAACGUCAUCAUGGCGGACCCGGAGCACGGCACGCUGCUGCCGGUCUGCGGCUGGCACCGCACGGCCUGCGUGCUCACGCACCAGCCCGACAACGACCCCGCGUCGAAACCGGUCACGAUCCCGAACGCGGACGGCCUCUGCGUGUCCCAUUCAGGGCAGGAAAAAGGGCGAUUCAAGUCCCACUACGUGGCCAAGUACGGCCGCCCGCCCGACGACGUCGGCUGGCCCCUGCCGGGCUGCGAUUUGCUGUCGAAGGUCCACGCGGAGAUGGCCGAGAUCAUGGUCAAGAAGCACGCCUUAGCGCCGCGCGAGCCCUACCCGGGCCCGCCGGCGCCGCCGGCGCGGUACGUGCCGCCGCCGCAGCAGGACGUCAUCGACGGCCUCUUCAGCGCCUUCAGCAGCGGCAAGAAGUUCGUCUACGGGCGCCAGAUCAAGAAGAUCCAGUGCUUCUACCGGCGCCACCUCGCGGCGCGGUGCGCGAACCGGCGGCGCCGCGCGCGCGUCGCGCGGAACCGCGUCGCGGCGGUGACGAUCAUCCAGAGCGUCACCAAGAGCUUCACGCAGCGCGUCAUCGCGCUGCGCGAGGCCAAGGAGCGCUUCGACGCGCUCUACCUCGUGCAGCGGCUCUUCCGCGGCCUCGUGAUCCGGCGGAAGGCGCGGAAGCGGCGCGACCAGCUCCGGCUCAACCGCGUGGGCAACUUUUUGUACCGGCGCAUGCAGCAGCAGACCGUGGUGACGCUCCAGCGGAAGCGGCGCGACGCCUGGCGCGAGCGGCGCGCCAAGGAGAUCGUGCACCGCGUCGUGCUGGGCGCCGUCGGCCGCUUCAAGGCCGCGGCCGCGCGGCGGCGCUUCCUCGAGCGGGAGAAGUCCCAGAGCCGGUUGGCGUCGAUCAUCCGGGGCCGCAUGAGCCGCAAGACCGUCGCCAUCAAGCGCAAGCACCAGGCGAAGAUCGUCGCGAACACGACGUGGAUCCAGGCGAUCACGCGGUCGGCCGUCGUGAAGCGGCGCAUCCACGGCAAGUUGAUGCGGCGGCGCUGGGCCUUCGACACGAUCAAUAGGUUGGGCCGGGGCUUCAUCUGCCGGCGCCGCGCGUUCCGGAAGCGGCGCGUCGUCGACGAGGCCUGGGCCAUGGUCGGGCCCAUGUCGAAGGGCCGCCGCGCGGAGCUCGAGCGGCUGCUGCCGCGGAGCUCCUACCCCAUCUGGGACGAGGGCCUCGAGCCGGAGGAGGAGGAGGCGACCUACGACUCCAUCGCCGAGGCCACGCGGAAGACGACGGACACGUGGUUCCACGAGAGCGACAAGAGGCCCUUCGUCAAGUACGACUCGACGGAGGUCGGCAGCGUGAGCCGCUUCGAGUUCCGCCUGGCCAUGCACGCGCUCUGGCGGACCAAGGGCCUCGUCAUCCAGCCCGUGGAGCUCGAGCCCUUCGUGAAGAUGUUCGACAAGUACUCGGACGGCUCCGUGUCCUGGAAGGACUUUCUCAACUUCGCGCGGCUGUCCUACCGGCCGUGCUCGCUGCACCGGCGCAUCGUCUGCGCGACGUGCAUCUCGCGGGGCCCCUGCCAGCGCAAGGGCUGCCGCUGCGACGCCUACGAGAAGGACACGGCGCAGCUCAAGGACCUGGUGUGCAAGCACUGCGGCCACACGCCCUUCACGCACAUGCUCGUGCCCAAGUGCUGCGUCGAGCCGGAGAUCGACGUGUCCCAGGUCACCAAGGUCCAGCUCACGGACAUCUUCGAGAACCGGUCCGACGCGCCCAUGCGGCCCGACGCCGCGCUCGGCACCGCGGCCGAGGAGGAGAUCGUCGCCCAGGUCGACGACCGGCCGCCGGCGCCGCCGACGGCGCGAAAUCCGCGGCCGUCGAAGCCGCCGACCGCGGCGCUCGCGCUCGAGGGCGCCAAGGUCGUCGUCGUCCGGGACGUCGAACACCUCUUCGACGACGCGGCCUUCGAGAAGAAGAAGCCGCUCGCGCCCGUGUCCGAGGCCGUCUGCGUCGACCGGCCCGCGCGGGCCAAGGCGAAGCACGCGAAAGCCGCCGCGUCGGCCAUGCGCGCCGGCGCCGUGACCAAGGCCGAGACCCAAGCCCUGGCGCUGACGACGGCCAAGUCCUUCGCGCGCGCGGAGACGGAGACGAUCCGCGUCACGGAGCUCGAGGAGUCGAUGCUCGAGCGCCACUUCGAGGGCGCGACGCAGUCCAAGGUCGAGCUCGAGCGGGGCUUCCGCAUCACGAGGCCCAUCCCCAUGAUCUUCGACGACGAGCUCCGGCUGACCGUGAAGGCCGCGGACGUCUACCUCGAACUGUUGGACCGCUUCUCCGACGAGGAGCUGGUCGUGCGGAAGCACGAGGACCAGGCCUUCGUGAAGCUCAUCUUCGAGAACGACGUUUUUUUGGAGCGCCACUGGAAGAAGCUGCUGCGCGACGUGCGCUACGGCAAGAUCAACCGCCACCUGCCCAUCUCGCCCGAGCGCCGCGCGGCGCUCGAGUCGCGCAUGUACCCGAAGCCGCAGCAGGCGAACAAGAUCGACGCCGCGCUGAAGCGCCUCGGCUUCCACGUGCGGUCCAGCGGCCUCUACGGCUCCGCGGCGCUCGCCGCGACGAAGUCGACGACCGCGGACGCGGCGCCGCGCGACGACGACGGCGGCGCCCCGGCGGACCGCUUCGGCGGCUCGCGGCCCACGGACUUCCUCUGGGACAAGACGCUCAAGCUCGCCAUGGCCGACGACGAGGACAUCGCCGCGCAGGUCGAGCGCAAGAAGCGCGCGCCGCCGCCCAGGGCCGCGCGCGUCGAGAUCCCGCGCCGCGACUCCACCGAAUCUUUACCCGACGGCUUCAAGGUCGACGCGGACCGCGCGACGACGACCAAGUCCGUGCGCUUCGCCGACAAGUCGCUCGCGUCGUCGGCGUCCGCGCGGUCGCUCGCGUCGCCCGCCAAGAGCGAGUCGACGCACCGGAGCGGCACGCGGCAGACCGCCGCGUCGUCGGCGUCCGCGCGGUCGCUCGCGUCGCCCGCCAAGAGCGAGUCGACGCACCGGAGCGGCGCGGCGCGGACCGCGCGGAGCGACCGGUCGCUCGCGUCGUCGAAGAAUAGCAACCGGUCCCAGCGGGGCCGGCGCUGGGACGACCCGGACAAGGGCGACAGCGACGGCUCCGACGACACGGUGCUCGAGCCCGACCUGCCGCUCGAGCGGCGGUCCUCGCACGGCGACGUCGACGCGAAGGCGGACCAGGCCGCGGUCUUCGCGACGGCGCACGCGAUCUCGACGCUGCCGCGCGCGAGCAACGACGAGGUCCUCGAGGAGCCGCGCGACAUCCGGCCCUGGCUCUGCCCCCACCCGGGCUGCGGCAAGGUCUUCAGCGAGAAGGAGUCGUGCGCGCGCCACGUCAACGAGGCCCACGCGGGCCGGCACCGCCUCGCCGUCGCGACGCCGACCCAGGACCAGUUUUUACGGAAAUACUGGCCCGAGGAGAUGCCCUGGGAGCGCGAGGACAUGCUCGCGGCCAAGGCGCCGGACGUCGCGGCGUACAACUGCCCCAUCUGCUUCAUGCCGCUGCUGACGCAGGAGGACCUGAAGCGGCACCUCAAGGUGUCGCACAAGAAGGAGGAGGUGAAGAAGUGCUACAAGGAGCUCAAGGCCGAGGCGAAGAAGGCGCCGCCGAAGAGCGGCGGCCGCCGCGGCUCGGGCCCCGCGGACCGGCGGCCGCCCGGCGCGGCGACGGUGGCCGGCAAGCCGAUCCUCGUGCCGCCCUUCUGCCCGCCGCGGCGCGCGCCCAUGGCCAUCUGCCUGCGCCACGCGCGGUCGUCCUUCCGCUGCCUCGACUGCGGCGACGCGCGGUUCCGCGGCGGGCCCAGGGCGCCGUGCUCGUUCUACCCGGAGGUCACGGUGAAGAUCACGCAGCCCGCGGCGAAGCCCGGCGACCUGCCCGUCGUGGCGGACCUGCGCUUCCUCGUCCAGAGUGAGCGGACGCCCUUCGUCGUGGACCGCGAGACGGGCGCGCUCCGCCACGUGCAGCUCGUCGCGGUCUGCGUCGACGACGCCGCGGAGACGUGGGUCUGCGUCGCGUUCCUCUGGACCUACGAGGACCUGCGGCGGCGGGGCGUCGACGUGCCGCCGGACUUCGACAAGCAGCGCGAGUGCUACGAGGACAACACGGUCACGUGGAUGCGCGCGGGCCGCAUCGCGGGCUACUGCUACACGCUCAUGUGCGACCGCCUCGGCUUCGGCAACCGGCGCAAGGCCGACGCGCUGCCGAGCCACCCGACGGACAUGGUCCGCUUCGCGAACCUCAUCUUCGACAGCGAGCACGGCGCGCCGGGGCCCAAGCGGAACCUGGACAGCGACGCGGACCCGCUCCUCGUCGGCAUCAAGCCGACCUUCGCCGUCGGCGUCGCGGCGCCGCCGGCGCCGCGGCCGCGCGGCGAGAACGCGGGCGCGGACGCCUCGCCGAAGCCGCCGGAGCCCGCGGACUCGGGCGACGCGUCGGGCGACGGCGCGUCGCGGAAGCCGUCGUCGUCGAAGCCGCGCGGCGGCGGCGACCGCGGCGGCUCGUCGAAGGACGCGCCGCCGGACCGGAAGGGCGACCCGUCGGCGAAGCGCGUCCCCCGCGCCGGCGACACGGCGGGCGCGAAGCCGUAG